GUUUACUUUUGGCCAGAGAGGCGGAACAGCUAAAAGCCAAGGGGCAGAACAGCGUAAAGCCAUGCUGCAAACCUAUAUUCGGGCUGCCGCGCGCCGCGGCGCCGCGGCGCGCACCGCCACGACCGUGGCGCGCCCCCAGGAAGGCGCUGCCCUCGCUGCUGCACGGCGUUCCACCACAACAGCGGCGCGCGCCUCCAUCGUACACGACAAAUUGGUACUGACGCCGGCCCAGCGCCGCCGCCACAUCUUCAACGAGGCGCUCGCGAUGACGCCCGAGGCCCGCGCGGGCGACGGUCCGCACGUCACGUUCCUCCGGGCGCUCGCGCGGCGCCUGCUCGAUCCCGCGGUGAUGCUACCGCACGGUCGCGUGCACACCGCGUUCGACGCUGAACCCAUGACGCCGGCCGAGGAGCUCGAGCUGGUAGGGGCGGACGUCGGCCGCGUCGGCUGGGAAUACAGAUGAGCGCGCACGCUGGCGCCGCCCCGCACACGGCGGGCGGCAGCCGCUGCGCACUAGUUUAUGUACAUAACAAUGAACUUACAGGA